AUGUCAAAACUUACACCAUAUAUAUUCAAUAAGUUCAUAAAACUACGAUGCGCCAGAUGUUUACAUUGUACAUCAAUCAACAACAACAAACUAGUCACUAAAAAUGAUACUACUUUUGAAAACGCGUUCAAAUCAACUUCAAAAUUUAGAAGUGAAAAUGAAAUAGAUAUAAAUGAAAAUGAAAUACCUAGUCUGUAUUCAAGUAAAAUUCCUCCAAAAUAUGAAUUAGAAUUGUCUACGCUAAUAACUGAAGGUCAAGAAAAACCAACAAAGGCGGAGGCAAAGAAGAAAAAAUUAGAUAAAAGUAAAACCAAAGUCAUUGAAAAAAUGGAGUCGUUGACAUCACAAGAAGAAGAAGAAGAGACACCACCACCAAAGUCUAAAAGAAAAACCAGACUUAAUUCGAGAUCAGGGUCAUCAAAAAUCACAUUUCUAAGUAACUCAGGUUAUCUUACAUCAAAAGAUAUAUUUCAAAAACCGUUAAAGCAAUGUAUAGCUCCAAAAAAGAAAGAUAUACCUCAAUUAGCUCAUAAUUUAGAUAGAGUUUUAUUUUCACCAGGUAUACAUUUUUUACAAGAUCCAAGAACAAGAGUAUAUAAUUUCUCACCAUUCCUCAAAAAAGUGAUAAACUAUAAAGAUUUUAAUUUUGAUGCAAUUGAUUCAUAUACACCAGUUGAUAAACAUACAACAUUACUUGAAAAUUCUAAAAAAUUUAAAAAACAAUUUUAUUCAAGUACUUCAUCAAUGACUUCAAUGUUGAGUAAAUUUUAUAUGCUUUUAAAUAAUUAUUCACCUAAAAAAAUCGAAAGAUUUGGAGAAAUUCCAUUCACGGGGUUAGCUACAAAAUUACCAACUAGUUUAUUUGUUGAACCAAAAGGAUCUUACGACGAGAAUGGGGAGAAAAAAACCAUUUAUUCAGUACAAGCUGAUAAAUCUUGUGAUUCUGAAAUCAUUUUAAGUGCAAUGGGACUUUGUAUGGAAUGUUUAUUAACAAAUCCAGAAGAUGAAUUUGUCAAAUACAGGAAAGAUAAUGAUGAUCAAGAACUAUCAAAACCAGUAAAUGCUUAUAAUUAUGCAUCAUUUGGAAAUUUUUUAAUGAGAUCACAAUUAGAUUGUUAUGAUUCAAGAUUACCCAAUAAUGGAACAUUUGAUUUAAAAACUAGAGCAUCAACUAAUAUAAGAUAUAAUUCUCAUGAUCCAGAAGUUGGUGAUACAAAUUAUCAAAUUUUUAAAUUAAAGGGAAAUUAUGAAAGUUAUGAAAAAGAAUUUAAAGAUUUAAUUAGAACAGGUGCAUUAUUGAAAUAUUUAUUUCAAGCAAGAAUUGGACAAAUGGAUGGAAUAUUUAUUGCAUAUCAUAAUAUUAAUUCAAUUUUUGGAUUUCAAUAUUUACCAAUGGAAGAAUUAGAUAAAUUAUUUUAUUCUCAUGUGGACGAAACAAUGGUUGAAGAUUCCACUACGGAAGAAAUUGAAAAUUAUAUAGCAAAAGAUAAAUUACCUUCAUUUGUUGGAGAAUUACAAUUUAAAUUUUCAAUGGAAAUUUGGGAAACUUUAUUGUCAGAACAUAUCUUAAAGGAUUUACCACCCGAUACUCCUUUUCGAUUACUUGCUCAAACUUAUAAACCACCAUAUGGUAAACAAAAUCAAUUACAAAUUUUCGUUAUACCAGUAACAACAGAAGAAAUUCAAAUUUUUCAACUGUUUAAUGAAAAAUAUCCACUGGAUUUUAAAUCAAAUUUAUCAGAAGAAGAAAGAAAUAUUAAUUUACAAUUACAUUCAAAAGAUCUUAAAGAAUUCACUUCUGAAACUUUAAAAGAUAGAAGAUUAUUAUCAUACGUUAUAUCAAUGGGUAAUGGAUACAUUGAUGGUAAAUUAAAAUCAUAUUCAGAUUUACCAAAUAAUAUCCCUAAAUCAUGGAAUCUACAAUAUCAUAUUAAAAAAGUUAAAGAUCCAACCGCGAAAGAAUUUGAAAAAAUUUUUGAAUUACCUAUACAACAAUUAAGUGAAUCUGCAGCACCUAUAAAUAGUUUUAAAUCUAAAUUUAUAAAAAAUUUACAAGAUAUUCAUAAAAGAUAUGAAUUGGUAGGUACUGCAAGAAAAGAAAAUUGGGAUUCUCAAGAACAAAAACCAAAAGUUUAUAGACCAAAAUAUCGUAUAUAG